AUGGCUGACCGUUUCCCUUCUCUGGAGGACUUCUCAGAGGGCCAGACUGGAGUUGCCGAAGGCCAGGAUGCCCCCGAUGAUGAUUUCCUGGCCCGUGAGCGCGCUGCUCUCGGAGAAGACGCAAACGAAUUCGCUACCCCUCAAGACCACGUUGCCGCCCACGAGAAUGUAGAUACGGGGGAUGACUUGCUGGGUGGAGAAGGCAACGCUGCGUUUGCGGAUGAGAGUGGUCAAUUCGAAUCGUCGUUCCCCUCAAUGGAGACACAGGCACAGAACGAGAAAGUCGCACCCGGAGGCACAAUUACUGGAACUGGCUCCCCAUUUCCGCCAAGCGGCUACCCAAGCACUCUGGAGCCCGAAGAAGAGCCCGAGGCUGUCAAGGAAUGGCGUGAGAAGCGAGACUCCGAGAUUGCGCGCCGUGCCGAGGUUUCAAACGAGAAGAAAGAGGCUACCACCAAGAAGGCUCGUGAGGACAUUGACGACUUCUACGUUUCCUACAACAACAAGGCGGACAAGCACCGUGGCCAGACCCGUUCUGAGGCCGAACAGUUUCUGGCUAACCGCGAGGAUACCUCUGCCGGUGGCACGAGCUGGGAGCGCAUUGCGAAAUUGGUCGAUGUGUCCGGCAAAGGUUCCACGGGGGGCGCCAGCGGCUCUGGCAAGGAGCGUUUCCGCGAGUUGUUGAUCGACUUGAAAAAGGACCAGGAGGCUCCCGGUGCCAGCGGGAUCUAG